AGAGCCGCCGCCCCGCGGGCCGGCCAGCGGGUCACGUGACGGGGCGGCGGCGCCGGCGGUUGCUGUCACCUGAUUCUGGGAGCUGGUGGCAGCGGUAGCUGCGGCAAUGGACUUUCUCCUGGGAAACCCGUUCAGCUCUCCGGUGGGACAACGCAUCGAGAAAGCUACAGAUGGCUCCUUACAGAGUGAGGACUGGGCCCUCAACAUGGAGAUCUGUGACAUCAUCAACGAGACUGAGGAAGGUCCCAAAGAUGCCUUCCGAGCAGUAAAGAAGCGAAUCGUGGGGAAUAGGAAUUUCCAUGAGGUCAUGCUGGCCCUCACGGUCUUAGAAACAUGUGUUAAGAACUGUGGGCACCGCUUCCAUGUACUGGUGGCCAGCCAGGACUUUGUAGAGAGUGUGCUGGUGAGGACCAUCCUGCCAAAGAACAAUCCACCCACUAUCGUGCAUGACAAGGUGUUGAACCUCAUCCAGGUGCCAGGGCAGGGCAGGCUCAUAGAAAAGAAGGUGAGCAGUGGUUACCGGCCAUGUCCCCUUGUCCCCUCUCAGUCCUGGGCUGACGCGUUCCGCAGCUCGCCUGAUUUGACAGGUGUUGUUGCUGUCUAUGAGGACCUGCGAAGGAAGGGCCUGGAGUUCCCCAUGACUGACCUGGACAUGUUGUCACCCAUCCACACACCCCAGAGGACUGUGUUCAGUUCAGAGACACCAUCCGGACAGAACUCUGUGGGCUGUGACACUAGUCAGCGAGGAGACCUGAGCCAGCAUGCCACCCCUCUGCCCACUCCAGCUGUCCUCCCGGGCGACUCACCCAUCACACCAACUCCUGAACAGAUUGGGAAGCUGCGCAGUGAGCUGGAGAUGGUGAGUGGCAAUGUGCGAGUGAUGUCGGAGAUGCUGACAGAGCUGGUGCCCACCCAGAUAGAGCCUACAGACCUGGAGCUACUGCAGGAACUCAACCGCACCUGCCGCGCCAUGCAGCAGCGGGUCCUGGAGCUCAUCCCACGCAUCUCCAAUGAGCAGCUGACAGAGGAGCUGCUCAUGGUCAAUGACAACCUCAACAAUGUGUUUCUGCGCCAUGAACGGUUUGAGCGGUUCCGAACAGGCCAGACUGGCAAGGCCUCCAGUGAAGCUGAUCCAGCUGCUGACUUGAUUGACAUGGGUCCUGACCCAGCAGCCACCAGCAACAUCUCAUCCCAACUGGCAAGAAUGAACCUUGGCUCCAGCAGUGUGAGAGCUGGCCUGCAGUCGCUGGAGACCUCAGGUCACCUGGAAGAUGACUUUGACAUGUUUGCUCUGACUCGGGGCAGCUCACUGGCUGACCAACGGAAAGGGGUCAAAUAUGAAGCCCCCCAAACCACAGAUGGCCUGGCUGGGGCCCUGGAUGCCCGGCAGCAGAACACCAGAGCGAUCCCUGCCACCCAGGCCCGCAUCAUGGAGGACAUUGAGCAGUGGCUGUCCACAGACGUGGGGAACAGUGCUGAGGAGCCCUCUGGUGUCACCAGUGAAGAAUUUGACAAAUUCCUGGAAGAACGGGCCAAAGCUGCUGAUCGCCUGCCCAACCUGGCCAGCCCUUCAGCUGAGGGACCCCCGAGACCUUCUCUUGGCACAGCUCCUCGGAAGAAGACCCAGGAGAAAGAUGAUGAUAUGCUGUUUGCCUUAUGAAUGCAGGGUCUGGCACCCUGCAGCCCGGGGCCUGGCACUCUCAUACCCACUGGGAUCCCUCCCUCCCUUGGUGUUAAGGCUGCUUGGGGGUGUUUUGUCACCCCACUUCUCUCCUCCUGGAGCCUGGGCAGCAGUGGGAUGAACUGGGGUUAAUGGGUCCGCCCUCCGCUGGGAUCCUGACUGGUCCUGCCUCCUUCUCAAUCCGCUACCCACUAUGACUUUGCUGAGACCUUAGGCCCCAGACAAGCUGACCUGAUGUGACCUGAUUGACCUGGUGUGAGGCUGCUUCCAUGAAAUUCCCCUGGUUCCUUCCCAGGGAAGCCCAUGGGAGCCCUCCACAAUCCACACUUCCAGUCUAGGUGAUAUGUCUAACAGACAUUACCACAAGCCUCGCCCAUCCCUGCCCCUGCAGAGCAGGGCCUGAAGAAGGCUUUGGCUGGCUGUUGGGGUGGGCAAUGGUGGCCUCUGCUGAGCUGCCCCCUGUCCAGGUACGAAGCUGCACCCAGUGAGGCAAGACCUCACCAAUCUAGGUGUCAAGAUGAGACCUUGGGGAUUCUGUGCACCCAGAACCCCCCAGUUCCUCCACUGCCUCCCGGUCCUUGCUCUAUUCCUCCAGCAGGGCUCCACCCACCUGAGGCUCACCUGUUGGUUGGUCCUCAGGUACAGGGCAAGGUGCCUUUUGUGUUCCCAAAUAAAAGUAGAAAGCCA